CUUUUAUCUAAAUGGCCUACGAGAAGGAAAUCGUCAUUGACGCCAAGGGACAUCUCCUUGGUCGUUUGGCUUCUACCAUUGCCAAGCAACUUUUGAAUGGCCAGAAUAUUGUUCUUGUUCGUUGUGAGGAGAUCAACAUGUCGGGUCCCUUCUUCCGUAACAAGCUCAAGUAUAUGGCUUUCCUCCGUAAGCGUUGCGUUGUAAACCCUCGCCGUGGACCUUUCCAUUUCCGUGCUCCCUCACGUAUCUUCUACCGCACUGUCCGUGGUAUGAUCCCCCACAAGACUCCUCGUGGAGCCGCUGCUCUUGAGCGUCUCAAGGUUUUUGAAGGUGUCCCUCCUGUAUACAACCUCAAGAAGCGUGUAGUUGUCCCCGCAGCACUCCGUGUUCUUCGUCUGGCUCCUGGCCGCAAGUUCUGCACUCUCAAACGUCUUUCUUCCGAGUUUGGCUGGAAAUACAAUGACGUUAUUACUCGUCUUGAAGAGAAGCGCAAGGCCAAGGGUGAGCUUUUCCAUCAAAAGAAACUUGCUUUCCUCCGUCGCCGUACUGCUGCCAUUGCCGCAUCUGCUGAUGCUCUUGAGCCCGUCACAAAGGCACUUGCUUCUUACGGAUAUUGAUCUCAUUUUUAAUUAAACAUGGAUCGUUUGGUUAUA